GACCUGAAGCCAUAGUAGCUGAAGAUACUCUGAGAGGGCUGAUAAGACCGGAUGAAAGGCAUUUCGAGAAUCUGCUUGAAACAGCUCGUGGCAAGAGAAGUGACAGACCCAUCAAUCAACUCUGCGAGAAGACUAGAGUUCCUAAGCAUACUCCUGUCAAAAUCAAGUUCACCGGCCAUCGUAAUGCCAGGACUAUGAUAAAAGAAGCGACGUUCUGGGGCCGUGACCACGUGCUAUCAGGCUCGGACUGCGGCCACGUGUUCAUAUGGGAACGCACGGCACCCGCCCGCCUCGUGAUGCUGCUGGAGGCCGACCACCACGUGGUGAACUGUGUGCAGCCGCACCCGCACUUGCCUCUGCUCGCCACGUCGGGCAUCGACUAUGACGUCAAGCUGUGGGCGCCUGUGCGUGACGAGCCCGCUUUCAACGCCGAAAUGGCCGAGGAGUUGAUGAAACGCAACGAGGUGAUGCUAGAGGAAACGAAAGAUACAAUCACCGUACCAGCCUCAUUUAUGAUAAGAAUGUUGGCCUGCCUCAACCAGAUCCGAAGAAGUACAAGACCACCUCGUCCUCGAAGAUUUGAGUCAAACAGUAGCGAAUAGGGUGCUACAUUCAUAAUUUUUCCUGAUUUUAAAAUCUUAUGAAUUAGAUUGAUAUCUUAU